GACAUUUAACUCGGCUAUAAUAUGCAGGGUCAAAAAUGGUGUAUUAUGACCCAUGCAUCACCGUUCUUUUGGACACGCGUUGAGCAUCCAGCGCGUCUGGGAGAGAGCUCCCGAGUCCUAACCAGUUACUCCGUCCCCUUCGCCUUGCAGACAGAUUUGCAGAAACAAGACCUUUAUGCACAAAAAGGAGGCCUCACCUUUCCCUUCUCCUUUGCCGUCUCUCGGAAACCCUAACGACUUGCGACUGCAGCUGAGAAGCUCGGAGUCGGCUGGUGGAGUUCAGAGAGAUCAGUUGAGUUUCCUGAAGGCACAAAGAUUGAGCGAUCUACCCGGUCAUUUCGAGUCUUCCCCGAGAACCAGCAUAUUAAGAAAACACCAACUUUUCGGCUUUUUUGUGCUCCCAAAAUCCAAUCUUUCUGGGGUUUUCGCUUCAAAGAUUUGAUUUUUAUGUCGCUCCCACUCCCGCAGCAGCAGUUUCCACCGCCAGCGGCGGUGUACCCCGCGCCGUACCGAUCACAAGGCGGUUCCGUCGGGCCGGUGAUCGCGGCCCUAGCCUUGAUCGCUGUGCUGGGGGUGAUCGCGGGUAUCGUCGGCCGCCUCUGCUCCGGCCGGACCAUAAUGGGCUACGGCCACUACGACCUCUCGGGGUGGGUCGAGCGGAAGUGCGCCUCUUGCAUCGACGGGAGACUGGAGGCGCCGCCGCCGCCUCCACAACGACCGAGCUCCAACGGCCCCGGAAGCGCGCCUCCUCUCGACGCGCCUCAGCAAGUGAAACAGCCGGAGGUGGCGGAGUCGUGAUGCGUGACUUCGAUCGGAGCUUUGUGUCGUAAACUUUCUCUAUCUCUUGUUUAUCUCUUGCUUUGAUGUUUUGCUAUGUCAUGGUGGAAAUCAAAACGCCAUUGAUGGAAAAAAAAAUUGAGCUUUUGCAUGGAUAUUUACUUAGAAAUUUGAAAUGGAUAUUUGUUUCACAAAAUUGUUCAUUUUCAUUC